AUGAAGAGAAAGAAAUCUACGCACAAAGAUGACGAACAGCAAGAUCUCGAACUGGCUGCCAACAAGAAGAGAUGUAUCAGACAGCAAACGCCACCCAACAAGAUAAUAUCAGACCCUAACGCGGCCACAAAGCAGUCUGAGAAUGGUAUGAGAGCUACGCGUAAUGGGAGCUGCGAUUCUGAAGAAAAAUACCCAGAAGAUUGUGAUACAUAUGUCGCCCUUAACCACGGUUCUACCACUACCACGCUCACCGAACUUCCACAAAGCCACAAUUUCGGACUCGAUACACCCUCUAAAAAUAUAGUACUGAACAAGAGGCUCUUCGAAACGCCGGUCAAAUCGAGCAGCAAAAAAAAAUCGGACAGCUCAACUCUUCUCCAGAAAAACAUCAACAGAUCUGCUCGGAAAAAGAUAACAAGAAAUCUCAUCGAACGAACAACCCUAGGCAACAUUAGCGAUGAAGAUGAGAAUGACGAAGAUCUUGCGGAAAAGAUUUACUGUUCAGAAGAAGAUGUCGAUGAAUUGACUGAUGCUCCUCCGAAAACUCCAAAAGGAACGGCGGGAAAAGUUACAGCAAGAACCCCUCGACGAUCUCCAACUCCUCCCAAAAAUCUAACUGAUUUUGAAAAUUAUUUCUAUCAAAACAAACAAGGUCGCCCGAAAACUUCCAAUAAUAAACUUACACAGCUAGAGUUACUGGAUCAUGAAGAAUACUUUAAACGCUCACGCAAGAUUGUAUAUCAAGACCAAAGUGAUAUCGAGAGACUUGAACGUCUUCACGCAGAUGAUUUUCCUCGUUGGCAAUUUGAAUUGUGUCAAGGAUUCAAUUUGUGUCUCUACGGAUUUGGAUCCAAGAGAACAUUGCUCAUGAAAUUUGCCGACAAUAUCUCUAGAGCACAUCUAAACAAGGAGAAAUUUAGAAUCGUUGUUGUUAAUGGUUAUGUCAAUAGUCUAUCGAUCAAUGAUAUUCUUAAAACCAUAGCAUCUUCAAUAACAAGUGAAUCAAUUAAGGUAGGCUCGCUCUCUGAUAUGCUUGAGACCCUAUUCGGGCUCAUCGAGCAAGACAAGGCAUGGGAUAUAACUCUCGUGAUUCACUCUAUUGAUGGAAUUUCAAUUCGCCGACUCGCUCAUCAAACAAUCCUAUCCCGUUUAAGUGCACAUCCUCAGAUACACCUUGUUGCUUCUGCUGACCAUCCCUUAUUUCCACUUCUAUGGGAUAGCUGUCUUCGUUCCACCUUCAACUUCAUCUUUCACGACUGUACUACCUUUCGAACCUAUGACAUGGAAUUAGAUGUCGUUGAAGAAGCGCACAAGCUACUCGGGCGGAGUGGACGGCGAGCAGGCGGAAAAGAGGGUGUAAAUUUCGUUCUUAAGAGCUUACCUGUGAAUGCAAAGAAUCUUUUCAGGAUCUUGAUAGCCGAACAACUAAUAGCAAUGGACAACAAUAGCGAUAAUUUUGAUGAAGAUAGAAAUAUGGAUAGAAAUUUAGUGAAAAGUAAGAAGCCUGAUAUCGGUGUUGAAUAUCGAGCUUUAUAUCAAAGAGCCGAGGAAGAAUUCAUCUGUAGUAAUGAGAUGAAUUUUCGGACACUCCUUAAAGAAUUCCAUGACCAUCAAAUGGUAGAAAGUAGAAGAGAUGCCUUCGGAACUGAAAUUCUUUUCCUUCCAUUUCGCAAAGAAGAGUUAGAAGAUAUACUCGAAGAUAUUAUGUCGCAACUCACUUAG